GUCUAUGAUGCGGCAUACUACAACGAAACGAAGGUGGUAGCAGCAGCAGCCACAGCAACAACAACACAGAAUAAGAUUUCUGUAUGAUGAACUCUCGGUUUCAUUUUCAGUUUUGUUUAGUUCGUCGUUCGGUGAGGUUGUGCACCAGCUUUUUCUCUGUUGUCUCUCAGCGAGCGCGCCCCAACGUGCGCUCUGUGUAUGUUCUCUCAGUCUUCUCAGUUCAUAUAAUAUGUUUAUGGUGUAAUUUGGUUGAUGAUUUUUGUGGAAGAUUCUUAAAAUCGAAUCCAUCGUCUGCACUUAAUCGAGUGCGUGCAGCAGCGGCAACAACAACAACAACAACAACAAUAACAAGAACUAGUGUUGACUACAGCAUUUAAUUGCCCAAAUGGAUUCGUUCUUGAAUCUUUUUGUUUCCAUAAAAUGUGCAUUGUGUGUUUUUAACGAUUUGCCGACAAGCAAAUUCGUAGCGUGAGCUCAAACUUGAGUUAAAUAAGUUAUCGCUUAUUUUUUUUUACUUCAAGUUCGAACAAUAUCAUUAUUUGUUUUUCUUCUCGACAACAAUUUUCCGUCUGUGCUCAGUGUGAUGAUAACAAAUCAAAAAAGAGCCAAAUAAUCGAAGAGAAGCAAAGAAAGCAGAAUAUUACUAACGAGGUCUGCUUAGAUCGGUGCAUUUUACAUCCAUUCAUGCAAUUCCAAAAUGCAUUUUAUGGUUGUUCUAUGACAUUUUGUGCAUCGCGGUGUAAUCAAUACUACGAAAAGCAAAUAAAACACUCAAACAGUCAUUCAAAUAAUUCAAAUCCAUCUGAUUGCUUAAACGCUUAUCCGAAUUUAUUCGUUCGGCAUUUUCGCGUAAGGAAAAUAGUGUUUGAACGACAGCAAUAACAACAACAAAAACGUUGUGCAAAUUUUUGUCAUCAAUUUCACAUCGUAAAGAGACUAUCUGCAGUGCGGAACAUUGUUUGAAUAUUUAACAAGAACCAGAUUCAAUUGAAUAUAUUCCGGGAAAAUCGGUAUUUAUUUAUUGAACAAAUAAUACACCCCAAAAAUAAACCGGAUUAAAUGGAUUAAUUUGCCAAUAAAAUUGAACACACAAAAAAGCAUAACGUCGCGAUCGAAUUGGCUACCAUGGUAUCUUUCUUUUGGAUUGUGGAAAGCAUAUGAGUAGAACAAAAGACCGAUCCGGCCUGAAUUUGAAACGAAUGAAAAAAAAACAUCUUUGGAAAAGAUUCAAUAAGCAGCGGCUAAUGCCCACAAGACUAAAACGAGAAAAAAAACUAGAAGAACAGAAAAAAUUAGUAAAGAACGAAACAUCUGAGACGAAUUUCAACGGACAUCAUACAAAGUUGUAUGCAAUCGUACAUUGGACUUGAGUACACCUAACGUAAUGACAAUGAAACCAGCGUGAAAACACUCUCAUAUCGCACAUCUCGUCUGUCGAAACAAAAUUGAAAGAGUAUAUACAAAACCAAUCAACAGCAACAGCUACGAGGCAUAGCAGCGUGUGUGUUUGUUUCACGUUCGUAAAAUCGAAACCGAGAGAGAGACGGAAAGAAGUGUCAGUCCAGCCGAAACCAUCAAUUCGUACGUAGUGCAUUUUAACGCGCGCGGCUUCGACGAACGAAAAUUAUCGACACUCUAUCGAAAUAUCUGUGUGCAUCGCAAUCAAUCGAUAAUCCAAAUGGGCACAAAAUCGCCGGGCACAUCGCAACGAUGCCGAUUGAUAUUGCAACAUUGUUUGGCGAUACAAUUGAGCAAACCGGGCCACACUCCUGAGGAUUUCUGGAUGUACGAUUCUGGCUAUAUGAUAUUCCAGAAUUUUCUCGCUGCAAAUUCGCAAUGUUGGUGGAAUGGGCCAUUAACUGCAGCAACAAGAGCGUUAAAAUAUGCCGGUCAUGUUGCUCCAGGGAUGCUGUUAGUCACGGCUGACCCAUGCGCUCUAGAAGUUUUACGCGGAGCAUAUGCAAGAAGCGUUUUGAAACCGCCAGCUACUUAUGUCAUCAGUGCGGUCGGUGAUAUCGAUGAUUGCAUCGUAACACCGACAGUACAAGGACAAUUCACACCAUUGCCGGAGGCUCUUUGCGACGUCAUCAUGGAUUUGACAUCACAAGGACAGUCUGCCACAAUUGAAAAUAUACGCGUUAAAUUAUCAGUGCGGUUUCCACAUAUGCAACAGCCAAGCAAUGAAAUGAUUUACGACAGUCUAGCCCAAUUGAUGCAAGAGAAAAAGAUCUAUCAAACAGCUAAAGGAUACUUUAUAGUGACACCAGAGAGAAGGCGAAGCAGAUCAAGACCACGCAGUCAACGUGGUUUCCCCGAUAACUUUGAGGAAUCAAUGGAACCAACCGAUGCCAGAACCAUUUUGAUGACAAACGCAGAGGCCGUUCACAAUUUAUACGGUGAGAUUUCAACUGAACGUGACGGCGAUUUAACGCAUCAGUGCAUUCAAACAAACCUGGCUGAUGUCAUUUGCGGAGGUAAUCCCAAUGACAAAGUCAUUUAUGCACGAACAUCGAAACGAAGGAGUGCAUCGUUUCCCACGCCACGAAGUCUAGAUCGUCGCCAUAGUCUGAGAUUGUUUGGUUCAUCGAAGCGAUUACAGCGAUGUGCAUCAACAAGAAGCCUUUCGAAAAACUAUGCCCAAACACUGGCCAACUGUGGCACCGACAGCAGCAGCUCGGAAUAUCAAAGCACCGACUCAUCGUCACCAAAAAAAGCAUCUUUAUUAUCACGGCUGUUCCGGCGAAGUGGCCGAUCGAAGCAACGUCAAAUCGAAACCUAUUCCGCUCAAUUUCCUCCAGCUGAAUGGUUCAAUUCGAAGGCCGUACAUUUGCACAGUGUUGGCACACAGACCAGCGAUUUGGUAAGAAAUGAAGACAAUAUGAAAUCGGAAGAUGAUACGCCUGAUGUUCAUACUCUUUCCAAGUCAACAUUCUACGAUGGUACUGAGCUACGGCAUCGAUCGUCUACACUUCCUCGACGGCAUCGUCGUCACAUGUCCAGUGAAUCAACGUUUGUCAUUUCAUCGCGAGAUUGUUCACCGAUUCGACGCCGUUCACCAGUUUAUUGCAGCGGAAGUCUUCCACGAUCCACACAUUCAAUACCCGCCGCUUCAAUGCAAACGAAAGUCCAACGUACUAUUCCAAGCAAGCAUUUAAUUAACGAACAGAAUCGUAUUACAGCCAAAAGUGGUGAAAUCUAUCGAAGUCCCAAGAAAACCAGCACACUUGAUAAUCGACUAUCAAACGAUCGGCAUUAUCGUUCAAUCAACAGCGGUCCAUCGAGCUAUGAAUCGGGUAAGGCGUCCAUUUUGUCUGGAUUAUCAAGCAUCGAAGAUGAAAAAGUGUCAUAUAGUCGUACUAGCGGUCAUUAUAGCCUCGACUCACAUCCGUCGAUUAGUACGAUUGCAACGAAUAAAAAUGGAAGUCGUUUAACAUAUGGCAAUGGCAAUUGUUCGCCGAAAUCUUCACCAAAACAUCAACUGGGCAAAUCAAAAUUGACCAUGGACUCCAAUUCACGCAUGAAAUCGACGGCAACAUCAACCAGCAACGGGCCAUCAUCGUUGAAUCGAUCGGACGAUCCAUCGAUGCCAGUUCUUGGUAAACCACCAAUCGGCAUACCAAACUCCAAUUCAAACAGUUCAAUCACGCUUCAGGUUACCACAUCGAAUGAAAGUCAAAUUCCGAACACAAAGAUUUUUGUACAAAAUUCACCUGUGCGAAGUGUCAUCACACUUGAAAAUGGCAAACUUCUGGACAAUUCGAAUGUUUACAUAAUAAAUAAUGAAACGACAACCAAUGGCAACGGGGAAAUCAUCAAACGUUCCAUAUCGAAACAGAGUUCACCGGCUAAAAUGCGUGCCGCAUCCAAACGAGACAAAGAGAAUGAACUUUUACUGAGCGAAAAUGAUAUGGCGUCCGAAACAUGCGAUUCACUUUCGUUCAUCAGCGAAACAUCGCCCGAAUCCAGUAUGAGCACUAUGCCAACACCAACACCCGAACCAUUUACAUCGGAUUCAAUUGAGAAUUGUAAAUUCACCAAGAACGUCAACAAUGAUGCCACCAUGAAUAAUGGCCGGAAAUUCUCACUGCCCAUAUCGAAUACAAACAAUAUUGUCUAUAAAAAUGUGUUGAAAAAUGUCAACGAUAUUAGCCCAACGUCACCGCUAAACAAUAAAAAUGUUUUCACUUUGGACGAAAUGGUGGUGGAGAAAAUCGAAACCAUCAAUUUGGAACGGAACACAAUUGCCGGAUCGGUUGGCAAUCUUCGAUUCAUCGAAAAGAAAAAAAUCAUAAAUUCAAAUUGCGAUUUGAAAAUGUCACCAUACGAACCGGUUUGCGGUAACAUAACAAAAUUAAACUCAAACCCGGCUAUAAAUACCGAUUCAAUUGCGCAAAUUUUAUCCAAAAAUAUGAUUUCCAUUGGCAGCGAACCGAACAUCUCGAAUUUGGCCAUAAAUAGCAACGGCGAUGGCAAACAGAAGAUCAACAACGGUGACAAAUCGGUGGAAAAAGAACCGGUCGACCGUCGAUUCAGUGUAUCACGCGAGAAUAGCAUCAACGAUCGCGAUGAACUCUACAAUUUCCCAAGUCUUUCCGAUCUGAGUUUCAAUUUCACUUCUCUGGCUGCGCAGAAAAUUCUAAAAGGUGUCAGCAUCAACAGCAUCGAUACAUUAGUCGAAUUGAAUAUGGCGCAAGAGAAACAGCAGAACAACGUAUCAGCAACAACCACAGCCCAACCACAAGCAAUUUGUACAGACUAUGGAAUGGUUUAAAUUUUAUGGCCUUUUUUAAUCGUUCGUUUUUUUUUCGUUCGUCACCGCAUUUGAAUCCUUCCUUAAAUUAUUUCCAUACGGUUCGAUUUUAUUCAUCAUUUUUAGUUUAAUCACACCAACACACACACACACAGAGAGAGAGAGACACACAUUCAGUAAACAGGAACUAUAUAAUAGCCUUUCAAAUGGACGGCAAUAGAAACCCUUUUUUAUAAGUAGCCUUUUUAUAGUCUUGAAUCCAAAUCGACAAAUUUCACGCUGAUCGCAUUGAGACGGCUGGAAAUUGUAGAAUCCCAAUUCGAAUCGAAGAAACAAAAAACAACAACUGUUUAUUACGCAAAUACAUUUUUAUAGCGUAGCUAGUAAUCGAAUAGUAAAAAUAUAUAAUACAAGUUUACAUAAUACAGAGAAAAAAGUGAGGCGUUUUUCUGUUCUUUUUUAUUUUGUUGAAAUUGCAAUCGGAAAUCUGGAGAAUAAAAAUAGCUGCAUCUCACGGCGAAUUAUUUUAAUUACUAGAUUUAGAUUUAGUAGCCAGAUGCGGUCAUUCGCAGUCGUAACAUAAUACUUACAUGUAAAAUGCCCAACAAUUAUAGCAUCGAUAGAUCCAUUAUAAAUAUAUAAUAAAUUUAAAAGAAAAAUAUACGUCAGUUCGAUAAUACAAGUGCCAAAUUUGCAAAUUCUAAUGCAUUUUUUUUUCUCUUCUUCUUUGUUGUUUUAUCAGAAAAAAAUAAUCAAAAUAAUUUUUACGAAAUAAUUUCUUCCCCGAGCAACGACGAUCACUUCAUUCGGAACGAUUUUGUCGUCUGAAUGGAGGAGCCCGUUGAAGAGCAAUAUUUUUUUUAUUCAUUUGUACAUUUGCAACUUUUAAUCGAUAAAUAAUAACAUUUAUGUUUAAUGCUGAACGUAGGAUAUGCAUAACGAAUUAACUUUGUAAAUUCGUAUUAUUUUCUAUGAACUUGAACGUAUAAUGUAAUAAAAUAUAACGUCAAAUCAUUUAAAA